GCGCUCAGUUGGCGCGUCAACGUUUCUCACGCGCAGAUUUUUAUGUUCACUUCAGCGCAAGCUCUCGAACCUAGUAAAUUACUUUUAACCAAAGAAAUGGUUGGGCAGUGAAGGUAGCUCGCUUUUAUAUUACCAUAUAUUUCAACAAGUUUAAAACAAAAGUCUUUAGCAAAAUAAGGAUUUUUACUUUGAUAGCCUGUUUUGUUUCGGCCAAAAUAGGUCAGGUUGCUUUCACACAAGCUAGUUAACGUAGCUAGCUAGCUAGGUUCGAGGUUAGCACAACGUUAGCGAUAGGCUAAAGCUGUCAGUUGAACCAGUUCUGUAGCACAUUUAUCUUCUUUAUUGUCAACCAACAAAAGAUGGCAACUCACAAGGGAUGUGCUCUGAAAGGCAAAGCAAAAGGCACUAAAACCACCUCAGGCAAACCCCAUAUGGAGGACUUCAAUGGGAGUUUCAACAAAGAAAACCUUCAAGUAGUUGAGGCUGAGACAUUGAGAGGAAGGAAACGUCUCUCAGAGGCAGAUGAUGACAUUGACAUUGACAUCACCAAAGGAGGGGAUAUGAUGACCAUGUUGGACAGAUUUGGAGCGGACAUCAACAAAGCUUUCCUGGCAAAACGCAAACGCUUGGAAACGUUUACCAAGUCCUCUGUGAAGACCAGCCAUCAGAAGAUUGAGCAGUUAUGGAGGGUCCAACAAAGAGACAGGAGUAAAGUGACAGAAGACUACUGCACCCAGUUCAAUGCAGUCUUCAACCAGUGGGACACAGAUGUGCAGAAGUCCAAGGAUAACGAGGAGAAACUACUGAGCAUGUUCCAGCACCAGCAGAAAAUGUUUCAGCACAUGAGGGCCUCCCAAAGCCAGAGACUGAAGACUCUCAAGCAGCUGCUAGAGCAGUACAUCCAGAGCCUUGAUACAAUGGAGAAGACCCAUAUCAGCCAGCAGGGUGCUGUACAGGGCGAGCUGCGCCAGGAAAUGGCACUGUUUCAGAAAAAGAUCCUCAUGGACACACAACAGCAAGAGAUGGCUACAGUGCGCAAGUCUCUGCAGACAAUGCUGAUGUAAAUUAUUUAGAUUGAAGGGAGCCAAGAGGAAUCAACUCCAUCCAAAUGCUUUGUGUGUGUACAUUUCAAAGCUGGGUUGUCUGUACUGCUUUAGUUUAUGAUUGUGUUCCAGAUAGACCUUUACAAUGGCCAGAGAAGUGUUAAACAUCUCAGGAACAAUAUCAACCUUGAUUCUUUAAUAUGCAAAUACCAGUAAUGGUUCCAGGGAGAUGGGAGUUUUGAAAUCUUACAUUUAUGGAAGUAUGGUGUGUACAUGUAGCAUUGCAUUUCUGUUAUCAACUGCUUCAUUCUAUGUUAAAUCUACUUAAUUAAACCCUGAUUGAGACAGGGAUGGAGAAAUUAAAUGUGACUUUAGUUGCUAAAAUGUU